AUUUUGUAGGAUUCAAAGGAUAUGAGUGUGGAAGAAAUGUUGGAAGCUUUGAAAAGCAGAAGUGGCCCUCUAGAUGGUUCAUAUGUUAAGGCGGCCAGAGAACGUGAUUUCAUGACAUUCUAUUCCAACCAUGUGCCAGUUGUUUCCAAACGAAAACAUCAAUACAAGAAUACUCAAAUAGUGGAACCAAACAGCCCAGAAAACUUCCGGGUCGUGUCUGAAUUUAACACAACGGCAAUGGCCGCCUUAUCGACUUCUCAGCGUCACUCAGUGUCUCACCGUCAGUCACUGUCACCAAAUUACAUGAACAAGACUGAAUCUUCCAGGGCUAAAGCAAGGUCGCAGAGUGAACCCAGACAACGACCCAAAAGGGGAAUGAGGAACAAAGGGAAGUCUGUGGAAUCCCCAUUGAAUGGUCCAAGACAAAAUCUGUUCUCAAACUCAUUACGUUUCGAUCAUGGAAGCCUGGAUCUUUGGUCUAUCAAUCUUCAUGGGGACAGGAAGCGCGAUUCCUUUGGCAGCAGCUCGGUCACCACUGAUUCCUAUUAUUGAACUCUCCUGCUUUGUGACAAUACUAUA